AUGGAAGCAAAGUUUUUUCCAUACAACAACACACUACUACGUACACGGUGUUCAUCAAAACCACACUUGAUGAUGAAACGUAAACCAGAUGUUAUAGUAGCGAUGCACACAAGGCAUCAUCGUUCCUCUUCAGAUGAAUCUAGUUUGAUCCACAAAGAUAAUUGGUUUGAUCUCUUAGCCAUAAACCAUCUUUCAAGAUGUGUUCAAGAUGCCACAGGAUUGAGGAACAGUAAGAGCGGGUAUGAGAGCCUGGUAGAGGCAGCUACGGCGGCUUCCCAGAAAUUCGAUCCGAUUCAGCAACGACAGCUUGUCAUUCAAGCUCUUCACACAACCUUACCAAACUUCAUAUUUUCAUUCACGAAAAUGUUACCACCAUCGAAAUUCACAAGACAAGUAUUUGCAGCUUUUACCACCUUGUUCUUUGCCUGGUUAAUUGGCCCCUCUCAGGUUAGAGAAUCGGAGGUCAAUGGAAAAAGAGAAAAAAGUGUGGUCUACUUCAAAAAAUGCAGAUUUUUAGAAGAGACCAAUUGUAUAGGAAUGUGUACGAAUCUCUGCAAAAUUCCAACUCAAUCGUUUAUAAAGGACUCUAUGGGUAUGCCAGUUACCAUGGUCCCUAAUUUUGAUGACAUGAGUUGUGAAAUGAUUUUUGGGCAGGAUCCUCCACUAUUAAUUGAUGAUCCAGCACUAAAGCAACCCUGCUAUAAACUAUGCAAGGCAAAGAAAAAGCAUGAAAUGAAUAACUGCCUCAGUUAG